AUGGAGGAUCGUGCGGACGAAAAAGUGGCUUUGGCUAGCAAGGAGCAAAACAUUGUGGUCGAAGCACCCAAGGGCGGAUCGGUGAACGAGGGCCCAAUUGUGGGCAACGACGAGGGACUUGUUGUGGACGGAAAACCUAGUAACAACAAGAAUGCUGGUAAGAUUGGAGCUGGAAGUGUUCAGGCCGCUCGUGGUGAUCAGAUUGCCCCACCAGGUGAACCCUCGAACGAUCGAGAUUUGCUGAAACUUCUUGAGAUCUCCGAGGAUGCCCAAAACCCAGGCGGCGUUCCUCGAGGCGAUUCAGAAAAGAAGAUUUAG